GAUGUCCUGGCACAUUUAUUGAUCGUUUCGUUGGAAAGUCAUCGACAGUAUUUCAUUAUUUCAGUCAGUUUUUCAUUAUUUUUCCGAUAGUGCGGACGUAAUUAAUUUCUAAAAAUUCAUUUAUUCUUCAAAUCAUCAAGAGCUUUUAAAGGAGUAGAAGGGCUUUGACAUUUAUGACACGUUCUCAAGGACUCCCAGGUUUCUCAAGAUAAUUGAUGAUGCAACAACAAAGUGACGUUUAUUCAAUCGAUUCUACCGAAUCAAUGUUGCAAAAAAAUAAAAUUCGGUGACUGGUAUUAAAAAUCUAUACGUUAAAAUUAAAAAAUGGACGAGCAGAAGAAAUCUUUGUGUCCACGACUGAUGGAUUACAUGGCCAUUGUCGGGGCAAGGUCAUGUCCAGGUUCCAGGCAACCUGUUCAGGUGCCGGAAUUAUUGCGCCGUUAUCCACUGGAGGAUCAUAAGGAUUUUCCUUUGCCUCUGGACAUGGUGUACUUUUGUCAACCGGAAGGAUGCACCAGUGUUGGCCCAAAACGUACAGCUUUGAGAGAAGCUACGUCAUUCACCUUCACCCUCACUGAUAAGGAUUCAGGCAAAACUCGUUACGGAACAUGUGUAAACUUCUAUCGUCCAGUGGAAAGAAUAACAAGCUCAAUCAGCCCAGGAAUGAGAAUCCGAAAAGACAAGAAUGAUCCAAAAUUGCGUAAAGAGAGUUGGAGAAAAAGCAUGGAAAAGAGUUCAGAUUCAGCGUUCUCGAGCGACUAUAGGAGCAGUGUUAUCGGGCCAAGUGAUUCCGACAGAGAAUAUCCUAGCAGGAGGGACUCAGAUACACCUAUGACAACAAGACCACCUCGUCUGGGUAUAACAGCUCCUAGUGGAGACAGUGAGAGUGGUGGUAGCCAUUCACCCUCACCAAGAGCAUCAAGAAGAAGACAAAAGAUCAGGAAUCACUCGUUGACUUCUCUCUGUAUCAUCUCGCAUCAUCCAUUCUUUUCGAGAUUUCGAGAGUGCUUAUUCAUAUUGAAGAGGAUCAUCGAUGCCUGCAAUGACAACAUGUCACCGCAGAAAGUUGGGGCCUCGAGACAAGCCAAUAGAGACAGUGUAUGGAGUGUCUUGGCAAAUCAAUGUUUCGAGGGCGCCUCAUCUCUGGUGCUUCAUGACGUCCGUGAAAUAGAGACCUGGAUUCUCCGGCUGCUGAGUGCUCCUGUCCCCGUACCCGAAAAAACUCGUCUCGAAAUGGAGAUCGUCUCGCCCCAGAUUCAACCCCCUCUUUGUUUCGCUCUUCCAGAUCACGUCCGUUUCUCCCUCGUCGAUUUCCCUCUCCAUCUCCCCCUUGAGCUUCUCGGCGUGGAUAUUUGUCUCAAAGUCCUGACCCUGAUACUCCUCGAGUACAAGAUAGUAAUGCAAUCACGUGACUACAACGCACUCUCAAUGUCAGUGAUGGCAUUCGUGACGAUGAUCUAUCCCUUGGAGUACAUGUUCCCAGCAAUCCCAUUACUCCCAACAUGUAUGAACUGCGCAGAACAGCUUCUGCUGGCUCCAACACCCUUUGUAAUCGGAAUCCCGGCAUCAUUCCUCUUGUACAAGAAGAACUUUGAGCUACCUGAUGACAUUUGGCUAGUAGAUCUCGACAGCAAUAAAAUAACAGCACCUACAGGUCCCUGUGAGCACCUCCCAGCGCUACCUGAACCUGAGGGAUCAAUACUGAAGAAUCAUUUGAGACAAGCAAUGCAGCUGAUGGAUCAGGCUGGUUCCAACAUGAUUCUAAGUGCUCCAGGCUCACAAAGAUCCUCCAUAUCCCCCCAACCAGGUCUUCCAUCUCCAUCACGCCGAGAGAGCACUUCGUCCCAUCACUCAACCCUCAGCGUUGUCUCUUCUACGAAACAUCGAGCCAGCAUGGACAUCGGUGUAGGCCACAGCCCAAUUAGUUCACCAGGAGCCUCUGGAGCCUCUUCACCUAGUAGAAACUUCACACCACCUAUCCAAAAAGCACCUCAACCUCCCUUCAAUCCAUUCAUCUACGGCAAUGAUGUCGAUUCUGUGGACGUAGCAACUAGAGUUGCAAUGGUUCGUUUCUUCAACUCCCAGAAUCUACUCGCUAAUUUUACAGAGCACACCAGGAUUUUAAGGCUCUACCCAAGACCUGUAGUUGCUUUUCAAAUAAACUCGUUCCUCAGAUCGAGACCUAGAACCAGUGAAUUCCUUGAUAAAUUUGCGCGAACUCAGGCUGUGGAGUUUUUGGCUGAGUGGUCACUCACUCCCAAUAAUGUGGCGUUCUUGAGGGUUCAGACUGGGGUAUUUGAUCCGGCACAAAUUGGAGAUAAACCCAAGUGGUAUGCCGCUUCUUUAGAGCCCAUUCAAUUCUCGGUCUGGGAGACCUGCAGCUCGCUGGUCAGCGCUUUGAAGAACAUUGAGGAAAUGGAGAAUCAGCCGACCGACGAGAGUGGCUCGGACUCUGAGGGCGCAGAGAGCACCAGCUCAAGUUAUUCCUCCCUCAGUGAUUUUGUCUCUGAGAUGGUGUCGUCGGAUUUAUCACCAAGCUACAACUGUCAAUCGCAAACCGCACAACCACAAGUGAUGUCUUUGUCAGUGGAUCCGAAAAACGUGUACAAUCCACCAGAUACACUGCAGUACCCAGGAAUUGAGGAGGACGUACAGGCACGUGCAGACAGUCCACCGAGUACAUCGUCGAGUCACAGUGAUUUGAGUAGUCCAAGUUUUAAUCGGGAUUCUGAGUUAGAAUUGAUACCAAAGAGCCAAGAACAAUUUCAACUCCCGAAGCACCAGCCAGUGUCGAUAAUUCCGAGCUUGGAGAGGCAACCGAGCACCGGAAAUGUAACGAGUAAGACCUCGAGCUUCAGCAGCCCAAUUGGACCUGUAUUAAGUCGUCAGGUCAGUGAAAACACAUCUCCUCGGAGAAGCUUGACAGGAAUGCCACCGGACAUUCCUCCACAACCGCCAAUUCCCCAACGGCAAAAUAGUGGAAAUUCAGGAAGUGGUAAUGGAGUUCUUAGACAGGGCUCUCAAGGCUCUCUCUUUGAGCAGAUCGCUCAUCAAGCUAAGGAUCUAGUCAGGGAAACUACGAGACAAAGUAGUCAGGAUGGAUUUUUAGCUCACAUGGAUAAAUUUAAGCAUCAUGCAAAAGAGAAGAUCACCGAGGCUGGUGAGGACAGCCCUUUUGCAGCUUUCGAGCAUUUGACUCAGCAGACAAAGAAAGCGGUUGAUGGUGCCACCAAAUCAGUGCAGGAGGCAUCGAAAAGUGCAAUGGAAGCUGGAAAAACUGCUGCUGGUGUUAGUAAGAAUACUCUAGAUGACUUGACCUAUGUUGGCAAGAGUACUAUUGGAGAUUUGACGAAAAGCGCUAAGGAAGUUGCUACCAAGAAAGGUUUAUUGAAGAGCUUGGGAGACUCUCAGCAAUCUCCACCACACACUCCUCCCUCUCCGAGCAUUCAACAGCGAAGAGAUGUCAACAAUUCUCAAUUGGUAGCUCCAGAAACCCGAGCAAAACGGGACAUCGGUCGAGACUUCUUCAGCAACGUCAGCAGUGAUAUAAACGGCAUAGCAGCACAAACCAGCGAUAUGUUCAGUGGUUUAUUCGGCAAUAAAGGAGCGAAUAAAAAUUCUGGUCUUUUGGGUCAGGGGCAGAAAGGCAAAAAUAAGCCAUCGGCUUUUGGACCAUUCCGAAGAGGAAAAACUGGAAGCGUGGAGAAAACAUCUUCUAUAAAGCACUCUGCAAGUAGAGAUAGUAGAGAAGAUUUACAGAGAAUUCAGAAUACGGAGAGAACGAAUACUAAUAGUGACAAUCAGGCAUUUUUAACGGAUGUGGUACAUCAGGUUUUGGCAGGUGAGGGGGUGGGAUUUUUCAAGCUCAAUCGGUUGAAGAAACUUAUGGAGGAUGAGAGCUAUCGGGAUCUCGUUGUUACUAAAUUGAACAAAGGAUUGAAUCGGCGAAUCAGUCCUGAUGAUCAUAUCGAUGACGUGUGUAUUUCUCGAGGAAUCUACAAAGGAAUGUUCAUGUGCCUUCAAGCAGUUGCCCACGGUCUCGCUUACACCUACAAUAAUUUUGGUCUCGGUGGUAUGGCCUCGGUUUUCCAACUGAUGGAAAUUGCUCACACCCACUAUUGGAGUAAAGAUCUGUCGGAGGGAGUAUUUGAAGGACCGCUUAUGCUUCAAACAACUUCAUACGGUAGUCAUGAUAGUUUAAGAUCUCAUCCACCAUCAAAGCAAUCAGAAUACGGUGAAGUAACAAGAAAAUUAUCAUCCCAAGAUCCUUCGCAAGUGCGUCUCGAAAUUUCUCAUGCUUCGUCGGCACCGGCAAACUCUGACAAUAAUCAAUCGACUACGGAUUUAUUCCUCGAUAUGUUUUCGAAGAAGGGCAAGUUACUAAGUAAAUUAGCAUCGUUCGAUUCCGAAGGGAAUAAAAGUUCAUCAGCACUCUCGAGUGAUUCUCAAUCAUCAGAGAGAAUUAGUAUAUUGAAUCAUCCAGCAUUUAGACCAGCCAAUCAAUCAUCAAUUCGGAGUGCUGUAUCUGACAGCGAAGUGGAUGGUAAUAGUCGUGACAAGCGUUCAGGAAGCAUAUGGUCCAGUAAAUCAUCACUCAGCACGGGCUUCAGGUACCACGGAGGUAAUUUAGUGACAACAGCAAAUACUCCAAGUCCUGAGGCAGCCAGGACAUAUUUGUUUGAAGGUUUAUUGGGAAAAGAACGCUCUCGAUUAUGGGACCAAAUGCAAUUUUGGGAGGAUGCAUUCUUAGAUGCUGUGUCUCAGGAACGUGAUAUGAUGGGAAUGGAUCAAGGACCAGGCGAGAUGAUGGAGAAGUACAAAUGUUUGAGUGAUAGCGAGCGACGAAGACUUGAACACGAUGAGGACAGACUACUCUGCACUCUGCUCCAUAAUUUAACAGCUAUUUUGGUGAUGCUGAAUGUUAAUAAACUCGAAGUGAAGAGAAAAAUUCGAAGAUUACUUGGAAAAAGUCAUAUCGGAUUAAUUUACAGUCAAGAGUUGAAUCAACUACUUGAUCAAAUUGAUAAUUUGCAUGGAAAUGACAUUGAUCUGAAGCCACUGACGUCUCGACAAAUGCACAGGCAAUCGUUUACCGUCCAUGCCGGUACGGAUGCCGACGGCGAACUCCGUUUUCUCGAAGUACGGCAUGACGGACUUGUUUUGAGAUCGGUAAACGGUGUAAUUGUCGAGCGUUGGUGGUACGAGCGUUUAGUCAACAUGACCUGCAGUCCCAAGAAGAAAGUACUGUGUCUGUCCAAGAGGAAUGGAGAUCAACUGGAGUUGCAUAAUUAUUAUGCCAAAAAAUGCAAAGAUCUCUAUUAUUGUAUAAAAGAUGCAAUAGAAAAAGCGGCAGCCAGAGGUCGGGCAAAUCUUAAUGGCGAGCUUGGUGAUGAAUUUCCUGUUCAAGACAUGCGAACUGGCGAGGGUGGACUUCUUCAAGUUUGUCUUGAAGGUGUAGGUCUACUUUUUGCUAAUAGCAAGGAUUUUGAGUUCUUUGUAAGAAUUGAUCACAUCCGCAAGUGCUUCGCCCAGGAGGGGGGUGUUUUCGUGUUGGAGCAAUACAAUCCAAAAAAUCGACAGAUUAUUCAACGCAAAUAUAUAUCUCCGAUGUCUCAAGAGAUUUGCUAUGCGGUAAUCUGCGUGUUUUCAUAUCUGGCGACUGGAUUGAAGCAACGUAAAAUAGUCCAGAAAGAUCAAGAAUCGCUCUCGAAUUCUACGCGUAUCUUGACACAGGAGACAGCAGCAUCGCAAUCUGAUAAUCAUCGCUGACAACGAUAUGAAAAUUUUAUCAUAUAUAUAUUUAAGUUCUCUAUAACUAUUUCAUGUACUUCACUUGCCUCUCUGAUGGCAUUUAACAUGAAUGUGCAGAGCCACGUUGUCAAAAAUUUUUUAUUUCAUUUGAAAAGCGCGAGAUACAUUUGUGCAGAAUUUAAUGCGUACAUUAUUGUUUGAAGGGACACGUCUCCAAUGUAAUAACCUAAGUAAAUAAUGCAAGCGGAAAAGAUUCUAACACGAAGUUAUUCAUGGUUCUAAAGUAUUGAUAAAAUUUAUGUUGAAGUUCGCUCUGUGGAAAUGAUAUUUUGAGAUGUAAUAUCUGACAGAAGGGCGAGUGCCUAUUAAAUGAUGAAACAAUAAUUUCACUUAUAAAUUAUGUGCUCGACGAUUCUGAGGCAGUCGUAGGCAUCGGAGGCUACCGGUGAGUCUUCGCAGUAUUAUAUGAAAUCUAUGAUUGUGGAUAUAUGUACAUAAUCAUAAAAAUCGUUGGAUAUGAAAAAUCCUUUUGCAAUAACUGGCAUAAUUAUUGAAAUUACUGUCAAAUCUCCAUAGGGCAUUUGCAUUAUCUGUACAAUAUCAGCAGAUAGAUUUAGCGAUAGAUUACUGCAGUUGUAAAUUAGAUUAUACGAAAAUAAUGGAUUCUAUUUCCGUGAUACUUUAUACAUAUGACAACAAAGUAAAUCUUUAGAAAUGUCGAUAAUUUAUUAGUGUAAAUAUUUGUUGUUACUUAUUAUGUAUUAUCACAAAAAAAAAUAAAACUGAAG